CCUUCUCCAGCUAGCUCGGCUAGUAUCCUAGCAAGGUGCCGCUAUAUAAAAGCGAGCAGCUCGGACAUACCCGCACCGAAAGGACCCAGGCCAGCCUCGCCUCGGGAGCUCGCUCUCUCUCAGCUCGCUCGUGCGCGCAUCGCCCAGCUCGACCCCCUUGCCGCCGCCAUAUGAGCUAGCACGCGGCCGCCCGGAGGUGAGAGGGAUAGGCCAGGGAAGGAAGGAUCGGCGAGGUCCGUCGGGGGGCAUCGAUCAUCGAUGGAGACCAUCAAGUGCUGCAUCGCGUGCAUCCUGCCGUGCGGGGCGCUGGACGUGGUGCGGAUCGUGCACUCCAACGGCCGGGUGGAGGAGAUCAGCGGGGGCCCCGUGCUGGCCGGGGAGAUCAUGAAGGCGUACCCCAAGCACGUCCUCCGGAAGCCGCCGUCCACGUGCCCGGCCGACGGCGGCGGCGGCAUCGUCGUGCAGAAGCCGGUCAUCCUGCCGCCCAAUGCCGAGCUGCAGAAGGGCAAGAUCUACUUCCUCAUGCCGGUCAUGGCAGCCCCGGGAACCGAGAAGGCGCCGGCGCCGGGUCCCGAGAAGAGCGCGGCGCCCGCUGCCCAUGCCCAUGACUCCGCGGCCGCGGCGGCCAGGAGGCGGAGGAGGAGGAAGGACCACGCCACCGCGCGGGAGGGAGCGCCCGCCCGCAGCGCCGCGUCCGCGUCCGCGGCGGGGCCAGCAGCGGGCGGCGCCGCGGAGGGCGAGAAGGAGCGGCUGCUGGCCAACGAGAGGUACCUGUCGGAGAUCAUGAAGGAGAAGGCGUCCACGGCGAGGGACCGGCGGCGGGGGCGCGUCGCCGUGUGGCGGCCGCACCUGGAGAGCAUCACCGAGGAUGACUUGUAAUCAAGCAAGUUUUCACUUGGGAGGAAUUGAAAAAGAAAGUGGCAAAGUAAAGUUUCGUCCUCGGAGGAGCAAUGGAGUGGAGUAUGGAUUUGACGUAAAGAUGGGCACGCACGUUCAAUGCGUUUCGUCCCCGUCUUUCUCUCAAUCAGACGUCCCAAGACCACUCAAGUCGCCACCCUUAUCUGAACUCUGGAGGGCAUUUGGUCUGUUCCUCCAGCGAAUCAGCGAGGUACGCGUGGACGGUCCUAGCCUCCUAGGAACGGAUAUAUCACACGGGUAUGGCAAGAGAAAGUGAGAAACCAACAAUGCACCAGAAUUACUCUCUUCCUUUAUUUAGCUUUCUUUUAGUUGAGCAUCAUAUCAGCCCUUUUUUAAAAA